AUGCCUAACUCAUCAUCCAAAGGUGGCCGAAAGAGCCUAGUCCCUGAAGCCAACCUAGCAAACCUGUUGCCUACAGGCACAGUCCUUGCAGCUGAAGCCUUAAUACCUUCAUUCACAAACAAUGGUGAAUGUGCACCUGCCAACAAAUACCUUACCUUAGGUCUUAUUAUAUGUUGUUCACUAGCUUGUUUUCUUUCCUCCUUCACUGAUAGCUUCAUUGGCAAGGACGAAAAGAUAUACUAUGGCAUAGCCACAUAUAAUGGCCUCCGUCUAUUCAAUGAUAUUGAUGGAAACGAUGGUGCAGGAGAGGAAGAAAAAGAAAAGACGAAGGCCUUCAGCAUCACUUUCAUCGACUUUGUGCAUGCUUUUACAUCACUAAUAGUUUUCAUGGUUUUUGCUCUUAGUAAUUCUGAUGUGCAAAAUUGCUUCUUCCCUAAAGCAGGACCAAAUGAUAAAGCACUUAUCAUGAAUUUGCCAUUAGGAGCUGGAGUCUUGGCAAGCUUUUUGUUCGUGUUAUUUCCUACCAGACGUAGGGGAAUUGGCUAUGCCGACAGAUCACCUUUAGAAUUAUAUGGUAAAGGGGGAGAAGGACUAGCGUCUGUUCAUUCAGACAAAAAGGCAGAAACAGCACAUAUAAGCCCUCCUGCAUAG